CUCUCGAAAAGCAAAAAUUUCCUCAGGAAGGGUUGCGUUGGGCGGUCAAGAGAAACCGUUUCUCGCCCUCUCGCUCGCUCGCUCUCUCUCUCCAGCAAACGCAAAAUCCCAGAGUCACCGCUGAGUCGUGUUACUCCGUCUACAUACAGCAACAUGUCUUACGUCGCUCCUAAGGGAAAGCAAGGUUACGAAGAGGCCGUGGAGCCCAAGAUCCACCGCAUUCGUAUUACCCUCACCUCUCGCAACGUCAAGAACCUCGAGAAGGUCUGCGCUGACUUGAUCCACCGUGCCAAGGACAAGCAGCUCAAGGUCAAGGGACCCGUCCGUCUCCCCACCAAGGUCCUCCGUAUCACCACCCGUAAGACCCCUUGUGGUGAGGGUUCCAAGACCUGGGACCGUUACGAGAUGCGUAUCCACAAGCGUCUCAUCGACCUCCACUCUCCCUCUGAGAUCGUCAAGCAGAUCACCUCCAUCUCUAUCGAGCCCGGAGUUGAGGUUGAGGUCACCAUCCAGAACGCUUAGAUUUUCACAAUCUAAACGAACUGUGACGUUUGAGUCGACCAACUUGAAUCAGUUCCUGAUGCUGUAUUGAGCAGCUCUUCUUGUCCCAUAUAAGGAAGAGCAGGGAUUGCGUGUAGUGUCUCACACUGUCGCGUACCCUGGUGAAAAUACAUUUGAUAGAACCUUGCACUUCUUGUGUGCCACGUAUCGGAUGAGAGGACAAAGUUUCUGAGCCUUCACAUCCAGCAUCACGCUUGCGCUGGCAAAAGUCAGCUCUAACAGGUCACAUCACAACCCGUUCGAGAAUCUCAUGUAUCUGGACGUACGAAAAUCCGCC